AUGGAGAUCAAGACGGUGCUCACGACCGUCAUCUCAGGAUCCCGGUAUCUCGUUCAUCCGCAAGUGCUGGGCACAAUCCAGGAGACGAUAAAUCCCGAUGUCAUCGUCCCGGUGACUGUGCUUGAGCCGGAGCAGCUUUACCACCAGCUCGAGGGCACCCUUCGAUUGUUCGACUUUUACGACGACGUGUUUACCCCCGAGUUUGGCAGCAUUCUGAUUGAGAAACCCGGCGGCAAUUCGGGCAUGGAGAUUACGUCCGUCGCCGGCGUCAAGACGGUGAUGCGCCUGCGCAACGACAGUGUCGCUGUGGCAAAGCGCUCCGUGAGAGACUUGCCGGCAGGCCCGUAUCUUUUGCACGGGCCAAAUGUCCACCAGGCGUGGAAGAUAUACAACGACACAUUGGAUGCCUUUGCGUUCGGGGUAUACCCGGAAAGCGUCGACGAGAUGGAUGCAUUUCAAGUCCUUCGGCUUCCGCCCGACAUCGAGUCCAACCACACGUCCAUUCCGGUCCCGUCGAAGCUAUACAGCACCGUCCCUCCGGAGCAGGCGCCUCUCAGAGGCUACCGCUUCGCUGUCCCAGACUCCGUGCCCCUCAAGGGCAUUCCCACCACCUUCUCCAGCAGCUCCUGGGCCGAGCUACACAACACCACGGCAGACUCGACCGCGGCGUUUGCCAAGCGGCUUAUAGACCUUGGGGCGACUGUUGUCGGCAAGACAAAGUCGUCGCAGUUUGGCUCGGGGAGAGAGUGGGCAGACGUGGUCGCUCCCAAGAACCCGAGAGAAGACGGGCAUCAGGAUCCCGCGGGCGGCGCAACCGGCGCUGCCAGCUCCCUGGCUGGCUACGAAUGGCUCAGAGCAUCGACCGGCCUCGAUUCCAUCGGGCAGUUGUUUGGUCCAGCGGCCGCCCAAGGGCUAUUCGCGCUUCGAUUCUCACCCCCAUCGCUGGCCUUGGACGGCGCCCUGGGCAGCAAGCGUGACAGCAUGGGCAUCUUUGGAACUGAUCUUUCGGAGCUGUACCACGACGCCGUGGCCGUUGUUCACAAAGCCCUGGCCGGUCCCCCAAUCUCCUUCCCAAAGGUCAUCAUCUACGUGACGGACCUCUCGCACGCACACCAAAACGCCAGCAUCAAACAUGAACCGUUUCGAGAGGCAGUCGAGGCUUUCCUGGGAGUAAAGUCGACGAGGCUCAGCUUGACGCGGACGUGGGCGUCGAAACCGCCGGUAGAGGCCAACGGCCAAGGUCUUGACGAGUACAUGAAAGACGCCCCGUUCCUCUCGUUCUGCUACGACUUCUACCACGACUUCGACAAGUUCCGCAGCGACUACAAAGCAAGGUUCGGCAAGGACGCUGCCACAGAAGCAACCGUCACGUACAGAUGGGACUGGGGGAGCAACGUCACGAAGCAGGCAUACGACGAGUACCAGACUCGGCUGGACGUCUUUCGAAGGUGGUUCGGCACCACCAUCAUGUCUAUGGACAGCGGCGGCGAUGCUGUUCUCGUCGCUUCGUAUCCAAGCCAAGCUCCCGUCUAUGAUGCGCCGAGACCCGGCAAGAUCCAUGGCUUCACGCCCGACCUACUUGCUUCUGUGCUGGGCGCCCCUCAAAUCCUGGCACCAUUUGCCCAAUUCGAGUACCGCUCCAAGGUCAGCGGUCAGCCGGAACAUCACCCGAUAUACGGCGCCAUUCUCGGCCCCAGGGGCAGCGAUGCGAUGCUUGUGAAACUGGCAGAGGCGGCGUUCCAGCAGGCACAAUGGCGGACAAAGGUUGACAGGGGGAGGUAUGCGUUUGCGCCGGCACAGGAUUCCGGGAAGGCGGAUGGCAGGCCAGACAAGCAGCCGCCCGGCUCGCUGGAGGCUGCGCGGAAGGCCCUUGGAUUGCCAUGA